AUGGUUGGACUUGCUUCAGCCGCCGGUCUCGUCGGCUUUCUCUCUGAGCCUGACCCAGAAUUAAGAGUCUUUGCUUUGAAGACCCUGGAUUCACAAAUCGACUUGCUUUGGACAGAAGUCGUUGAUGCUGUUCCCCAGAUGUCCGUAUCCCCAGAGGCUUUGUACGAAGAUGAGUCCUUCCCAGAGCGCGGCCUUGCGGCCCUAGUGGCGGCAAAGGUCUACUAUCACCUUCAAGAGUAUAACGAAAGUAUGGUAUUUGCGUUGGGAGCUGGCAAGCUUUUCAACCUGGACAACGGCGGCGAGUUUGAGGAGACAAUCAUUGCUAAAUGCGUUGACACCUUCAUCUCGCUCUCGGCUGCUCAACACCCUGCAGGCGGCGACCAGCCUCCCAACUUAAAUACCGCCUUCCCGACCUCUGUUGAAGGAGCCACCAGCACCUCCGCUAGCCUGACAUCUCCGAUCACUCCUUUCUCCCAGUCAGCCUUGCCAUCGAAGUCCCUACUUUCUCGACAGGAACUGCCGGGUGUGGAUGCGACGUAUCCAGGCGGUGAGGAUGCCACCGUUAGUCACGUUGAGACCCCUCUCGUUUUGAGACGAGGUGUCCAGGGUCAGCUGCAAGCGGUUAUCGAACGGCUAUUCGAGCAGUGUUUCCUCCAGAAGCGCUAUCGCCAGGUGAUCGGUAUCGCUAUCGAAGCGAAGAACCUGGAUGUGCUCCGGAGAACGAUUAUUAGAGCCAGCGAGGAUGAGCGGAAACAGCACGGCGAGUCCCGUCGCAGUGAAGAACUUAUGGAGUAUGUUCUGGACAUCUGCAUGAGUAUUGUGCAGGAGCGUGCUUUCCGGAACGAGAUUCUCAAACUCAUCCUCGAGCUCCUAAACGAAAUUCCUGCCCCCGACUAUUUCUCGAUCGCCAAGUGCGUUGUGUACCUGAAUGAGCACUCGAUGGCGUCGGUUAUUCUUCGGCAGUUGGUAGACAAGGGCGACGCGCGGUCGCUCGCCGUUGCCUACCAAAUAUCUUUUGAUCUGUACGAUAACAGCACGCAGGAGUUCCUCCAGAAGGUUCGCCAGGAGAUUGCGGAACUCGUACCGGAGAACACUGAAGCGGAUAAGCAGGAUGCAACAGAGGGCAACCAGGAAGAGCCAAGGGAGUCUGACCCUUUGUUGGCCGAUCAGUCUAGCUCCACACAACCUAGGGCCAUCGGCGCCAGUGGUGAUGCCAAGAUUUCGACCGAAGCACGAACAGCAUACAAGAACAUUCUGGAUAUACUCGAUGGCAUUAAAUCCAUUCAGCUCAAUCUGGAGUUCCUCUAUCGGAACAACAAGGCUGAUAUCGCUAUUCUGAAUAAGGUGCGAGACAGUCUGGAGGCCCGCAACUCCAUUUUCCAUACCGCCGUCACUCUCUCGAACGCUUUCAUGCACGCUGGGACUACGCAUGACAAGUUCUUCAGGGACAACCUCGAGUGGCUCGGAAAGGCUGUCAACUGGUCCAAGUUCACCGCGACCGCCGCUCUUGGUGUCAUUCACCGUGGAAACCUGAGCCAGGGACAGAAGCUUUUGCAGCCUUACCUUCCCCGAGAGCACAUUGCUGGUGUUGGUGGAUCGGGCUCCGUCUACAGUCAAGGUGGCUCUUUAUAUGCGUUUGGGCUGAUCUACGCCAACCACGGUGGCAUGGCUGUUGAUCUCAUCCGGGAUCAUUUCAAGAAGGCCACUGAAGAAGUUGUCCAGCAUGGAGGUGCCUUGGGUCUUGGUGUUGCGGGUAUGGCAACCGGCGAUGAGGGAAUUUACGAAGACCUUCGGAACGUUCUUUACACUGACUCCGCCCUUAACGGCGAGGCCGUGGGUCUUGCCAUGGGUCUUGUCAUGCUGGGAACUGGUAACAUGAAGGUGUUGGAGGAUAUGAUCCAGUAUGCUCACGACACGCAGCAUGAGAAGAUCGUACGUGGCUUGGCGAUGGGCAUGGCGCUCAUCAUGUACGGCCGCCAGGAGGCAGCCGACGAGUUGAUUAACGGUCUCUUGGGAGAUCCGGACCCUACCCUCCGUUACGGUGGUAUUAUGACUAUCGCCCUUGCCUACUGUGGCAGUAGCAGCAAUAAGGCUGUCCGCAAGCUUCUCCAUGUGGCCGUCAGCGAUGUCAAUGAUGAUGUCCGUCGGAUUGCCGUGCUGAGUUUGGGAUUCAUCUUGUUCAGAAAGCACCAGAGCGUCCCCCGUAUGGUCGAGCUUCUCUCCGAAUCAUACAACCCCCAUGUUCGCUAUGGUGCCGCAAUGGCUCUGGGUAUCUCAUGCGCUGGCACCGGCCUGGAUGAGGCGCUUGAUCUUCUUGAACCGAUGCUGAAAGAUUCCACCGACUUCGUCCGUCAGGGAGCCCUAAUUGCUCUUGCGAUGGUGUUGGUACAGCAAAAUGAAGCCAUGAACCCCCGCGUCAGCAGCCUCCGUAAGGCUAUGAUGAAGAUGAUUGGUGACAGACAUGAGGAUGCUAUGGCCAAAUUCGGCUGCGCCGUCGCCCUUGGAAUCAUCGAUGCCGGUGGCCGUAACUGCACCAUCAGCCUGCAGACCCAGACCGGUAACCUGAACAUGCCCGGAAUUGUGGGUGCGGCUGUCUUCAUCCAGUACUGGUAUUGGUUCCCUCUCACGCACUUCCUGUCGCUCAGUUUCGCCCCGACUUCAGUCAUUGGCGUCGACCAGAAGCUUGAAGUGCCGUUCUUCAAGUUCCACAGUAACACGCGACCGAGUCUUUUCGACUAUCCUCCUGAGCAACAGGUCAAGGCAGAAGAAGCUCCGGAGAAGGUCAAGACCGCUGUCCUGUCUACGACCGCCCAGGCCAAGCGCCGUGCCCAGCGCCGGGAGAAGCAACAACGACGAGAGAGUAUGGAUAUCGACCAGACUCCCACCACUCCUAAGGUUUCGGACCAGAUGCCGGAGCGGAUGGAGACGGAAGAGAGCGCGGCCAAGGGCGAAGACGAGGCCAAGGACGGAGAGAAGGAGACUGGGGAGGGUCAGAAGAAGAAGGUGGAGCGGGAGAAGGUGGGAUAUGAAUUGGAAAACAUGUCCCGUGUCCUGCCUGCUCAGCUGAAAUAUCUUACAUUCCCCGACCCGCGUUACGAGCCGGUCAAGCGACCGACUGGUGGAGUCGUUGUGGUGCUCGACAAGACGCCGGAAGAGCCACGAGAGACGAUCGAGAUGAAGGCCAGCAAGGAGGUCAAGCAGCCUGCUGCCACCGCCGAGACGCUCCAGGACCGCCUCCAGGCCGCCAUUGGAGCCACAGGGCCUGAGACGCCUCAGCGGCUGGUCCGUGGUUUGGACCUUGAGGGAGCCACCGGGGCCGCCGCCGCCGCCGGUGUAUUGACAGCGGUCGACGAAGAUGAUGACGAGGGUGGCGAGGAUGCGCCCGUGCCGGACGAGUUUACGUACGAGUCCGAUGGAGAGGAAGAGUGA